UUUUGUUCCUCCCGCCAGGCGGUAACCCACUGGUCACUGCACUGGACACAGGACUCUGGGCACAGGACACCGAGCACUAAGGUAAUCAGAGACUGGCACCUGACUGGUACUCUGUACACCGCGCUAGAAGCCUUGACGUAGCAGCAGCCUGCAUUUACUCCGUCCGACUCCUACCACCUCACUUGACCUGUCCUGACUCUGGCUUUGUUGCUUUCACAACCUGGAACCUCAACACGACACCACCGAAAUCCAUCAACCUCCCAACACCUACACAACGUCCAUAUAAUCGCCCAGCGCGCCUAUAUCCGUCGCAUCUCUCGAUCCCUACCAGCCUUGUUCAGAACCCCCGCUAUUCACAAUGAACCCCGAGUACGACUACCUCUUCAAGCUUCUCCUCAUCGGUGAUUCCGGUGUUGGAAAGUCUUGCCUUCUGUUGCGAUUCGCCGACGACACAUACACCGAGUCCUACAUCUCCACCAUCGGUGUCGACUUUAAAAUCCGCACGAUAGAGCUCGAUGGAAAGACGGUGAAGCUGCAAAUCUGGGAUACUGCCGGUCAGGAGCGUUUCCGCACCAUUACUUCCUCCUACUACCGUGGUGCCCACGGCAUCUGCGUCGUCUACGAUGUCACCGACAUGGACUCUUUCAACAACGUCAAGCAAUGGCUCCAGGAGAUUGACAGAUACGCCACCGAGGGCGUCAACAAGCUGCUCGUUGGCAACAAGAGCGAUAUGUCCGACAAGAAGGUUGUCGAGUACACCGUCGCCAAGGAAUUUGCCGACAGCUUGGGCAUCCCCUUCCUUGAAACCUCUGCAAAGAACGCCAGCAACGUCGAGCAGGCUUUCCUGACCAUGGCCCGCCAGAUCAAGGAGCGCAUGGGUAGCACGACCGCGAACAACACGAAACCCUCCGUACAGGUUGGCCCCGGCCACGGUGUCUCCUCGAACUCGGGAGGUGGCUGCUGCUAAAUGUAUCGUCCCUGAUUUCUACGAAGCCCGCUUUCCUUACCUGUGUUUCAUGGCAUUUUACGGAUUUUUCUCGGCGGAGGGGAUACAGCUGGGCAGAAUGGGCGAGGAAGGGAAUGCACAGCACAUGACGGUGUAGGGAUCACAUUUUGGCUCGGACGAUGCUGUGUCGUUCGCUUUUCUCUCCUUCCGCGCAAAGGCUGCUUUCCAUACUUCUACGCAUAGAUGAGUGUUGAUUUGGUUCGUCCCAGCUCCUUCGCACUGCACACACACACAAUCGACACAAGAUACCUCUGUAACUGGACCCAAGGCGUUGUUCACGGCAAACGACAGGGCUCCUGGUGCCUGACGGCAGUUCAGAAGCCAGACUCGGGGCGUUCGGUGGGAGACUUUUUGGGGAUCUCACGGAGCGCAGAGGGACUAACAAGGUCAACUCGAUGUGUAUUACAAGCGUAGGCUCUAUUUUGCCGGCGCAUCGUGUGCUUUGCAAUCAAGCUUGGUUGGCCGGGGGGCGAGCACAUAGGCAACGCAGCGGGCCGUACGUAUGGGUGUCUGCGCGUUUGUUCCCAACCAUAUGUCUUCUCUUUUUUCGAGUUUCCCUUCCUUGGCGGCUGCUGCUUUUCUGGUAGAUAGGGUCGAAGUAAUGGGCAAGUGACGUUUUCCUUCUUGAUAUUGCGACAAGCGAGGGUGAUGAUUCCGCUUUGUUUCCAGUUCGUGAAAGACAUCCCGCGUGAGGUCUCAGCCUGAAUCAAUCUAGGCGUUUACCAGCCCAGUCGACGAGCAGUUUUCAAGUCGAACAGGAGUUUGAUGGGUGGCGGAAACGGGGGUUUCGGAUCGACCGGUCAUCGAACUCGCCUCAUGUUCCAUGGAUUGCUCCGCUCUUUCACCUUCUUGGGCGCCUGGGCAGUCGCACUACAAGGAAAGAUAGCGUUGGAAGUUACUCUGUACGAACCACUUGCAAGUCAAACCAGGAAUCGAGCCUACCCC